AUGGAUUGGGGCGUUCCUGUCCAUUGGGUCCAGCGCGUGGAGUGAGCUGGUCGUUGAUGCCAGGACUGAUACUGGGCCACAGCUUGAUCAUGGCUUUCGGCAGAAGAAAAGACGAGGCUGAGAGUAACGAUGGCGAGCUCGAGAACGACGAUGGCGAUGACCUCGAUGACGAUGACGGUGGUGGUGGUGGUUGUAGAGGUUGAUUAUGAUUAGAGGGGGCCAGUGAUGGAUUGGAACCGGUUCCAGUUGCCCGAGAUUUCUUCGAAGCUGGGACCUGUGGAGCGAGGGUCAUCUGCAUUCCGAGUAUAUCUUUCGGUUACCCGCGAGGUGGAGCAGGACAAGAAGAGAAAAGACACUCUGAAUGUAAGCCUUUGCCUUUAA